AUGAGUGCUGCAAGAGCCUCCCUGAUAGAUACCGAAGUGGCUGUGCGCUCGUUUCAAGUUUGCAACUUACCCCAACCAAACUCAAACUCCAACUCAGCGUCUGCCUUGGGCUUUAAACACACAGAUAUGUCCAACAAUCAAGGACCAUCGCAACUUCCUGCCGGGAAAACGAAAGCCAAGAAACGCUACCUGAAACGAAAGAAGGAGAAGAGGAAAUUUAGGUCAAAAGUUGCUCAUGCAGGCAUCAGCUCCGUAUAUAUUCCAGAAGAGGACGUGCAAGAAGAGAUAGGGACCCCAGAGGCUACUGCAUCGGAGAUCAAUGAGAAUGCAGCGAUAUUGGACCCACCAGAGACGAGCAAGAGAUCGAAAAAACGACCGAGACUUGUUCAAGAUGAAGAUGUCAAUAUGAAUGAACCCCCGGUAGAAGACAAGAGAAGAACGGCUACUCCAGAACUGAUAGGCGUGUUGCCUUCUUUCCCGUUACCAGCUCUGCCCAAUGCACCUUCAAAAAAUCAACUUUCACUUCAAGGCGUAGAUAAAGCGUUGAUUGAUGCAGAGCUCGUUUCUCCGUCAACCAUUUUGCCUGUUCUGCUCGGAAAAGACGACGGUGGAACGAGAUUGAGCGAAAGGAUGCGAAAACGGUUGCGGGAUAUUGGCGUCAUUGAACUGUUCGCUGUCCAAACAACCCUCUUGCCUUUCUUAUUGCCCCCCCAGGAAUCAUCCAGAGAGCUGUAUCUUCCCUUCGGCCCACCUCGAGAUGUAUGCGUUUCUGCGCCGACAGGAAGCGGGAAAACGUUGGCGUAUGUGUUGCCUAUCCUUGAGAUACUAGCUCGAAGAGUGGUGACGCGUUUACGUGCUUUGAUCGUUCUCCCAACGCGAGAUUUGGUAGCACAAGUUAGAGAAACGAUAGAGGUUCUAAGUAAAGGAACGAACCUCAAGAUAGGCACGGCGACUGGGCAACACUCGUUUGCUCAUGAACAAUCACAGCUCGUACAAGAUCAGACUUCGCCUUUGCAAGGCGGCUCAAGCAAAGUUGACAUCCUGAUAGCCACUCCAGGACGUCUAAUUGACCAUAUUGUUGGCACACCCGGCUUCUCUCUUCAACAUCUUCGAUUCUUGGUGAUUGACGAAGCCGAUCGAUUAUUGGCACAAUCCUUCCAGGACUGGCUCGCGCAAGUGCUGGCCGCUACCCGCGUUCCUGCCAACGGCGCCUUCCCGUUUGUUGGACUAUCUCGAUCAAGGGACGCCGGAGCCGCUAUCCACAAGCCAGCUUCGUUUGAUGAUAUAGUCCCAGACGGGCUGUCUCCUACCUUCCUACAAGGCUUCCACUCAGCUGUGUCGUCUUUCUUCUUGGAGCGGAAAACCCCAUCAUGUCAGAAAUUGCUCUUCUCUGCGACGCUCACUCGGGAUCCUGCAAAGAUAGCCUCUUUGGAGUUGAGAAACCCUAAGUACAUCGUUGUGCAAGGUCGCGGCAAAGACAGUGAAGAGGGAGGCAUUUUGGAUGUGGUUACGGAGAGAUUCUCAAUGCCAGCAACGCUCUCGGAACACAUGGUCAUCAUGGAGCCAAAUCUCAAGCCCCUUGUUUUCUUCCACCUUGUCCACACUCGCGGUAUCACAAGCGCUCUCGUCUUUACAAAAUCCGCAGAAUCAACGACGAGACUAGUUCGUCUGUUCGAGUUCUUUGAAACGGUCCGAUGCGAGAACCUCAGCGUUACGCCCUUCGCCAUGCGAGCUUAUUCGAGCGACCUGCCGGCUAACGAACGCAAAAUGAUCCUGGAACAAUUCAAAAGCCAAAGAAUUCAGAUACUGGUCUGCUCUGAUCUCAUUUCCCGAGGCCUUGACAUCAGCCAUGUAUCGCAUGUGGUUAGUUACGAUGUUCCUGUUGAUAUGCGUAAGUACGUCCACCGCGUCGGACGUACUGCGCGAGCAGGUCGAACUGGCGAUGCCUGGACACUUGUCGAAGAGCAAGAGGCACGAUAUUUCAAGCAGAUGCUCAAGGAGGCCGACCAUCUGGAUCAAGUCAAACGGUUGAGGAUUAGUGAAAAAGACCUGGCACCUCUUACAGGACAUUACGAGGUUGCGCUUAACAAGUUGAAGCAGGUGUAUACAAGACAGGCAUAA